CUACGUGACCACAAGGCCAUACUAGAAAAUGCGGACGUGUUGGAGGAGAUGCAGCAGGCUUCUGUGGAGUGUGCUACCCAGGCCCUGGAGAAGUACAACAUAGAGAAGGACAUAACAGCCUAUAUCAAGAAGGAGUUUGACAAGAAGUACAACCCCACCUGGCACUGCAUCAUGGGGAGGAACUUCAGCAGCUACAUGAAGCACGAGACAAAGCACUUCAUUUACUUCUACCUGGGCCAGGUCGCUAUCCUCCUCUUCAAGUCUGGUUAGAGCAUGGCCUCUGUCUUCUGCCCCAAAAGCCAUCCAGAUCACAAGGACUGCAGCCUAAAUUCCAAAUACCAGAGACUGAACUAUCUUCAGCGUUGCCAUGGGAACACCUCCAGCUUUAAGCCUUUAUUGUGUUGUUGUUGUACAGGGCAUCGUGUGUAU